AUGGAAAAAGGGGGUGCAUUCUCGGAUUGGGAAUCGUUUCUUCAGGCGUUGCAGACCCGUUUUGGCACUUCAAUAUAUGACAACCCACUGGGACAUAUCUCAAAGCUCACUCAGACAGGGAGGGUGUCGGAUUAUCGAACGAAAUUUGAGUCAUUGAUGCCACGAAUUUCAGGGGUAGAUCAAUCAAUGUUUCUGAAUUUUUUUGUUUGGGGCCUUAAACUGGAAAUCCGAAGGGAACUCUUGAUGCUGAAACCAGUUGAUCUAGCUGAUGCAAUGGCAAAGGCCCAACUGUUUGAAGACCGCCAUGAUGAUCUUAGUAGCCGCAAUCGAUUCGAGGUCGGACGACCCAUUUGGUCUUCUCGCUCGACCAAUGUUACACCAGCAACCAACACAUUUUCCCAACCAAUGCACAAGCAAACUACAUCCCCAGCAGCAGCUAUAACCAAGUCUUCACUUCCAAGUACUCAAUCUAUACCAAUUAAGCGUUUAUCUCCAGCUAAACUGAAGGAUAGGAGGGACAAAGGUCUUUGUUUCACUUGUGAUGAAAAAUUCAGCUAUGGACAUAAGUGUAAGAAUCAGAUGCUCAUCUUGUGCGGUUAUGAGGAAGAGGACUGUGACUCUUUCCACGAGACAGGGUUUCAAGCGACAGACGACAUUACUGAGGAUGUGGUGAGCCUCAAUUCACUAUCCAACUCCAUGAACCCGGGGAUUUUCUGGAUUAUGGCAAAGCAUGGUGCUGAAACUUUGGAGGUUUUGAUUGAUACGGGCAACAACAACAAUUUUAUUCAGGAGUCCUUAGCUAACCACUUGCAGCUUUCUUGGGAAGAAACCAAACGUUUCAAGGGAGUUGAGCUAGUUCUACAGGGUCAUCGAUUCAUUGUUGAUUUGUAUGUAUUCCCUAUUUGUGGUUUGGAUGUGGUUCUUAGAAUGCAAUGGCUACAAACUUUGGGCCCUUGCAUUCAUGACCAUAAAGCAUUGACUAUGGAAUUUUCUUGGAAAGGAAGUGUAGUAAAGCUAGCUGGAUCCACCGAUGUAUCUACUCACCAGCUGUCGUAUACACAGUUCAAUGCUCUCUUGAGAGAGGGAGAGGGCAAGGGAAUUCUGACUCAGUAUGCUGGUGUAUUUGAUGAACCCAAGCGGCUGCCUCCCUAUAGAGCUGUGGACCACAUAAUUUUUUUGCAACCAGGAUCGAUACCGGUGAAUGUUAGACCCUACCGGUACCCAUAUUUCCAGAAAGAUGUAAUAGAAAAGCUUGUAAAAGAAAUGAUGGAGAUGGGGUUCAUCCGAUCGAGUACCAGCCCAUAUUCAUCGCCCGUUUUGUUAGUAAAGAAGAAGGACGAGUCUUGGCGUUUCUGUGUUGAUUAUAGAGCCAUAAAUGGCAUCACAGUCAAGGAUAGACUUCCAAUUCCCACCAUUGAGGAGCUUUUGGAUGAACUAGGCAACGCUAAAGUAUUUUCAAAGCUGGAUCUUAGGGCCGGCUAUCACCAAAUUCGGUAUUAUCGACGAUUCGUGGUCCAUUAUGCCACCAUUGCCGCACCACUCACGGAGCUAUUGAAACAAGACAAUUUCAAUUGGUCUAAGGACGCAGCUGCUGCAUUUGAGAAACUAAAAAUUGCCAUGACACACACACCUGUUCUUAGACUACCAGAUUUUUCAAAGGAGUUUAUUAUUGAGACAUAUGCUUCUAAUGUUGGCAUAGGAGGGGUAUUGAUGCAAGAGGGAAAUCCCUUGGAUUAUUUCAGCAAGAAGCUUGAUCCCAGAUUUGUUGGGGCUUCGGCAUAUAUCCGAGAAAUGAGAGCUAUUGUAGAGGCUGUCUCUAAGUGGCGCCAAUAUUUUCUUGGACGACACUUCAUCAUUCGAACAGACCAUAAAAGCCUUCGUGAGCUGUUAACGCAAGUUAUUCAAACUCUGGAACAACAACACUUCAUCUGA